AUGGCCAAGAAGAGCAAUCUUGUCCUUCAAGAACCAUGGUGGAUGAGGACGCCACUGCCAUCUGUCUUCUUCAUCAGCAUCUUAGUCUUCGUCGUCGUCGUUCUCUUCAUCUCCCUCUCCUACGACAAAGUGGAGUAUUUGUCGCCCAAGAUUUUUGACCGCCAGCAGGUGAACCUGAUGUCGGUAUCGGCAGACGAGACGAGGAAGCAGAAGUGUGACUUGUUCUCGGGGCGGUGGGUCUACGAUUACUCGACGCAGCCGCUGUACUCCGGGGUGGGGUGCUCGUACAUGAACGACGAGGUGGCCUGCGAGAAGUUCGGGAGGAAGGAUCUGGAGCAUCAGCGGUGGAGGUGGCAACCCCAUGGCUGCAGAGUUCCAAGGUUCGAUCCCGAGAAGCUGCUGAACAGAUUAACCGGCAAAAGAAUGGUGUUCGUUGGCGACUCUCUCAACAGGAAUCAAUGGGUGUCGAUGGUGUGCAUGUUGGAAUCUGCCGUAAGUAGUGACGGCCAUUCUAUGAGCCAGAAUGGUUCACUCAGGUCCUUCAAGGCAAAGGAUUUUAAUGCGUCGAUCGACUUCUACUGGUCUCCACUGCUGGUGGAAUCCAACUGUGAUGACCCGGUGCACCAUCGGUUGUCAGAUAGGAUGAUGCGGGCUAAUUCGAUCGAUGCGCAUGCUCAACGAUGGGCAGAUGCAGACAUACUCGUCUUCAACUCUUAUCUAUGGUGGAAGAAGCCCGGGAUGAAGAUGAAGGUCAUCUACGAUGGUUCGUUUGAGGACGAGGACAACAACAUGGAGGAAAUGGAGAUGAUAGAUGGCUUUGGGUUAGCACUGAAGGCAUGGUCCGAUUGGCUGGAGUCGCACCGCAACCGCAGCACCCAGCUCUUCUUCGUCAGCCUGUCACCGACGCAUGCAUGGGGUUACGAGUGGGGUGCAGAAGGCAAUCAGAACUGCUACAACCAGACCCAGCCGAUCGAAGAAGAAGGGUACACAGGUAAAGGAUCAGACUACAAGAUGAUGCGAAUGGUGGAGGAGACAGUCGAGAGGCUGAGCAAUAAAGGCGUGGAUGUGCAGAUACUCAACAUUACUCAGCUCUCGGAGUACAGAAAAGACGGGCAUCCCUCCAUUUACAGGAAGUUUUGGGACGAUCUCGGUAAAGAACGAGUUGCGAACCCUAGUGGAUACUCGGACUGCACGCAUUGGUGUCUUCCUGGGGUCCCUGACGUAUGGAAUGAGCUCCUAUAUGCCUUCAUUGUUUCCCAAGAACAGGUGUAGGUUUUUUGCAUGGCGAAAGGAGGCUGACUGCUGGAAGCAACAUCGAACGAUGCUUAAUUGUUGUCUCCUCUCCCCCCCCUCCCCUCCCUUUUUUUGGCGUUAAAAUUGGAGGAAGAACAUUUUGUUAACUCUACAAAGUUGAAAGCAAAAUCAAAUCCCUAUUUUUUUGUUACG